AUGGCAGGUCCAAGCUUUGACUGGCCCGACGACGGCUUUACUAUCGGUUAUGAAACCCCCGAGCUUCCGACCUACUACUUCCCCAGAGACGGAUCGGUUGGCGGACAACCAAGUUCAACCGCCGACCGAGCCGACUCCGUUGUCGAACAAGCCGAUCAGCCAAGUGGCGAUCUUGCAUUACCUCUUCUUCGACUAACCGAUUGGGACAGCACUAAGCAGUAUAACAAGGACAGCCCGGUGUGCAUUCAUUAUGAUUUUCGGUGGAAGGUCUCUCAACGUAGCAAGAUCCGAGCAAGGCAAGUUUGUUCGGAUACGGAUCUUGAUCUCGUUCUGGCUCCAGGCGAUUUUUGGGAGACUACUUUCAGGCCUCGACUUACAGCCCUAUUGGAGGAUGAGCACAAGUUUCCUGCGGAUAAGUAUACGUGUGAAGAAGCGAUUGUCGACAUAUCUAUCGAGCGAAGCCGUCAGCAGGGCCUGAAGAAACGAUUCAAAGGCCUAGAGAUCGAUUGGAAUAUCCUACACAGUCAUAUGGAAGGCCUCGGCGCCUUAUUUAGCGAUGCCACGUCGGCAAACGGCAAAAAGAAAGGGCAGAGCGCUACCGAGGCUCAAAAGCUUCAAAGAGCGGCUGAUGCCGGUCUUUGGACUCGAGUAUAUAAGCAUCAUCGCUGCAGAGGCAAAUUCUGCAAGCAAGGACCCCACUGCUGGAUUGACGAACGGGGAAACCACCAUAGGCUGCUACCGAGGCACCUAGAAGAGAUUUUUAAUCAUAUCCAGAGAAAUAUGAAGGAAGGAGAGAAAGAGGAGGAGGUUAACAUCAAUAUCGAGAUCCCAUCCAAAAUUCUUGGUGACAUACUAAAUGACAGCCGGAAGCGGAAGGCGGAGGACUCCGUCGAUUGUCGUGGCUGCAAAGCUCAUGCCUCGUCAAACGGUAGGCUCUAUGGUAGCGGCGAGACAAGCUUCAGCAGUGACGCUGGGGAGGUUGAGGGUGAUAGGAUGGAUAGACUUGAGGAAUAUUGCGACUGGAAUCUGCAACAAGUUAAAGACGAUAAGUGGAGAGAGGCCCUGCAAGUUGCGAAUCAGUUUGCGAUGGACCAGUUUCUCGAACUGAAUUCAAUCUUGAAGCACCCAAAGGUGGCUGCCGAUUUGAUGGUAAAAGGCGGGGUGAAGCCGGGCAUUGCUUUGCAGUUCGUUAGCAACGUUGAAAGGUUUCAGCAGAGAUAA